AGCGCCAGCCACACCUGCUCUUCCUGCCGCCACCUGCAAGACAAGCAGCCAUGAGGGUUCUGAUCAUCGCACUGUUGGCCACCGUCGCCGUGGCAGAGCAGAAGCGGUCAGCUGAACCUUCCUUUGGCUACGGCCCCGGUAUCGGCCACAGCCACAGCCAUAGUCACAGCCACAGCCACAGCCACAUAAACGGAGGAGUGAUUCUCGGCCACGGCUUCGGCGGCCUCGGAUUGGGUGGCAUCGGAGUCGGCGGAAUCGGAAUCGGCGGCCUCGGAGUAGGUGGUUACGGCUACGGCUACGGCUACCCAACCUACGUGGGCGGUCACUCCGUGUGGAAGCGAGACGCAGACCCCGAGCCAGGCUACGGACACGGACACGUCGCCACGUCCUAUGUUGGCCCAAGGCUCCACGGUGGGUAUGGCUACGGAUACCCACUAUACAGCCACGGAGGCUUCGGAGGUUUCGGAGGCUUCGGAGGUUUCGGUGGCCUCGGUGGUUUUGGGUAUGGCGGCUACGGCUACGGCUACGGGAAAUGAUUUUUCGUUUGUAUUUGCUUAAUUUUCUUUACGUAUAUCCGCAAUUAUAAUAAAAUAUUUUGGUGCAUCA